AACUAAAAAAAUAAAAAAUAAAAAACAAAUAAAAAAAUAAAUACAAGUAGCCCAUUUGCUGGUUACGUUUACUUUAAUUCUCUCCCUCUCUGUACUCCAAAAAAACAAAACAAAGACCGCAGCGAUGCAUUAUUAUUAUUGCAGCCAAUAUCAGAUUGAUGGUGCAGGUGGUGAGCAUACACUGCAAGUAGAUUAGAAGACAUUCAAACCUGUAUUUUCUAUGGAGAGGACAAUGCUAUUCUGGUAAGGCGUAAAAUCAACGUAGUUUCAUCGGGUUGAUACACUGUCGGACAGCGUUUAGAAACGGUUACAGUUAUGCUUGGCCGGAACUUACUCUCAGUCAACCUACUUUCUUUAAGAGGUUUUUCAUCAGCAGCAGCUGGUUUUCUUAGAAGUGGAGAUACAUUGAAGCAAAAUAGAGUAUUCACCAAUGAAGAUGUUUUGGAGUACUCAAAAGUGAGUCAUGACUCUAACCCUCUGCAUUUAGAUUCCGAGGCUGCUCAAAAUGCUGGAUUUGAAGAUCGACUGGUUCACGGGAUGCUUGUUGCUGCCCUGUUCCCCAAGAUCAUAUCUUCUCAUUUUCCCGGCGCUAUAUAUGUUUCCCAAAGCUUGCAUUUCAGGUUGCCUGUCUAUAUUGGAGAAGAGAUAGUUGGUGAGGUACAAGCAACUAACAUAAGAGAACAGAAGAACAGAUAUCUAGUGAAAUUCAAGACGGCAUGCUUCAAGAAUGGUGCUACCGUCAUCGAUGGUGAGGCUAUGGCCAUCUUGCCUACACUGGUUGCAGAACAAACGAGUACUUUGGAAUGACGGAAAGUCGGAAAGUCGGUUCAGGUCUACAACACAGACUUGCUAUGAAAUUAGACACUCAGCAUGCUGUAAAUCAAUUGAAUUAGGAUGAAGCCUUCCAUUUGUUUGUUUGUUUGGUUUAGGAUAAUGCGCCAUCGCAGUUGCUUUUCUUUGAGUAAAAAUCAAAUUUUACGAAA